CGAGCCCAGCGAAGGGGCAGCAGGGCGGUAUCAACAGCCGGUGACCGAAGAGAAGCCGAGUGGGCAGAAGGGGCUCCCGGCGAUGACCGUCUCAGAGGGCGCGAGGGCCGGUCUUCCGCCCUCACCCGCAAUGGCCGCCCGCGAGGCCGCGCCGCUCGUUCUCUUUUAAUAUGUUUGACCACCCCAUUCCCCGGGUGUUCCAGAACCGUUUUUCAACCCAGUACCGCUGCUUCUCGGUAUCCAUGCUUGCCGGACCUAAUGACAGGUCAGAUGUGGAGAAAGGCGGGAAGAUAAUUAUGCCACCAUCGGCUUUGGAUCAACUCAGCCGCCUUAAUAUUACUUACCCCAUGCUGUUCAAGCUGACCAACAAAAACUCAGACCGAAUGACACACUGUGGAGUGCUCGAGUUUGUGGCUGAUGAGGGCAUCUGUUACCUUCCACACUGGAUGAUGCAGAAUUUGCUGCUGGAAGAAGGAGGCCUGGUACAAGUGGAGAGUGUGAAUCUGCAAGUUGCUACUUACUCAAAAUUUCAGCCACAGAGUCCAGAUUUUCUUGACAUCACCAAUCCCAAAGCUGUACUGGAAAAUGCAUUGAGAAAUUUUGCCUGUCUUACUACUGGGGAUGUUAUUGCCAUCAACUACAAUGAAAAGAUCUAUGAGCUUCGGGUAAUGGAGACCAAACCAGAUAAGGCUGUGUCCAUCAUAGAAUGUGAUAUGAAUGUGGAUUUUGAUGCUCCUUUGGGAUACAAAGAACCAGAAAGAAGUGCACAACAUGAAGAGACCACAGAUGUAGAAGCAGACCACAGUGGGUAUGUGAGUGACAUAGGAUUUCGUGCAUUCUCAGGAUCUGGGAACAGAUUGGAUGGCAAGAAGAAAGGUGUGGAGCCCAGCCCCUCGCCAAUUAAACCAGGAGACAUCCGGAGAGGAAUUCCCAACUAUGACUUCAAGAUUGGUAGAAUCACAUUCAUUAGGAAUUCACGUCCACUGGUCAAGAAAGUAGAAGAGGAUGAAUCUGGAAGCCGGUUUAUUGCCUUUUCAGGAGAAGGCCAGUCCCUGCGCAAAAAAGGAAGAAAGCCCUAAGUUGUAGUACCUUCAGCUAGUUAAGGGGAAAAUAAAAUAACAGUUGAAGCAUCUUGGAUCUUAGUAAUAGCAGUUGAGAGAUCGUUUUGCAACACAGGAACACUUAAGGUGUUUUGGUUUCAGUUUCAUAUUUAGAGCUGGAGCUGUCAGACUGUCUUAAUUUUCAGCUGAAAAUUAAGUUCUGGGAAUUUGGAAGAAGCUUUUUGUAUGUGUUGUAAAGAGGGGAACGUAGAUCUGUGAUAAACCUGAGAAGCGAAACUAACAAGCUCUAGCUUACUAAGGGUCCGGUUCUUAGAUUACAUCCUCCCCUCAUCUCCUGAGUGAUGAUGAUCUCAUGUCGCUCUGUGCUUGGUAUUUUCCUCACUUUAUAUAUAUUUUGCCACAAUUUCAGGUCAGCUUUUUGGUGUGGUGCAAAUGAAGGGUGACUUUGGUGUUUGGGAUUUUAGUGCAGGGAGUCUCUUUAAGCUUAGCUUCAGGUGUUGGGUUAUUAAUCAUUCUAAGCAAACCUCCUGUAACUGCUUUUUAUAUUUAUAAUUAAUAACAUGCCUUUUAAUAGUUCAGAUACUAUAACGUAGCGUAGCAAUCUCUUGGCACGUGUAGGGAGAGGAGAGACACAGCUGCACUGCCCGGUGCCGCUUUGGAACGGUGCGAAUGUAUCCUGUGCGUGCGAGCGUACCCGGGUGCGAUCCUGCGCUCUCCCCAGAGCCCGAGUAAAAGUUCCUGGAUCCCA